UACAGAGGAGAAGAUCUCCACGGUUCAAAAGAAAAAGACAACAUCUCGGAGUUGUUCCCAUUCCGCCAUAGUCGUCCAUUACUCACAUCUCCUUCUUCUUCGGCAUCGCCUCGCUCGUUCGCUCCGCGACCCGUUUCAUGUCGACUUUGUGCGUCUAACAUUUUUGACGAACACAACUUUUUCAUCUGCGAGAAACCGCCAUGCACAAACUGUACAUCGGGAACCUGGUGGACGGCGUGACCGCCGAGGACCUCGGGAGGACCUUCGACGAGCACAAGAUCCCUUAUGCGGGACAUUUCCUGGUGAAAAGCGGCUACGCGUUCGUGGAUUGUCCGGACGACCAUUGGGCCAUGAAGGCGAUAGAAACCUUUUCUGGUAAAGUGGAAGUUCACGGGAAGUGUAUCGAGGUGGAACACUCGGUCCCCAAGAAGCAAAGGACCAGAAAGCUGCAGAUCAGAAACAUUCCACCUCACCUUCAGUGGGAAACUUUGUGCCAGAUGUUCGAUGGCCUGCUGGCUCAGUGUGGAAGUGUGGAGAACUGCGAACAAGUCAACACGGACAGCGAGACUGCAGUGGUGAACGUUACGUACGCCUCCCGCGAACACGCCAGGCAUGCCAUCCAGAAACUGAAUGGCUACCAGCUGGAGAGCAACACUCUACACGUGUCCUACAUCCCCGAUGACAGCUCUGACCCGGACGAAGACCACCGGGGGCCCGACAACGGCCGCCGCCCCGGUUACGGGCCCCGCGGUGGUCCUCGCAGCGGCUCCCCGAACUCAGGGAUCCCGAGCAAACUUCAGCACGGCGACAUUCCUCUGAGGCUUCUUGUACCCACGCAGUACGUGGGCGCCAUCAUCGGCAAGGAGGGAGCCACCAUUCGCAACAUCACCAAGCAGACGCAGAGCAAGAUCGACGUUCAUCGUAAAGAGAACGCAGGCGCUGCUGAAAAGUCCAUCAGCAUCCAUUCCACUCCUGAGGGCUGCUCUGCCGCUUGCCAGAUGAUCUUAGAUAUCAUGCAGCAGGAGGCCAAGGAUACCAAGACUGCUGACGAGGUUCCUCUGAAGCUUCUCGCCCACAAUAACUUUGUCGGACGCCUCAUCGGGAAGGAAGGACGCAACCUGAAGAAAGUCGAGCAGGACACCGACACCAAGAUCACCAUUUCGCCUCUUCAGGAUCUGACGCUGUACAACCCAGAGAGAACCAUCACAGUGAAAGGGUCCAUGGAGGCCUGCUGCCAGGCUGAGGUGGAGAUCAUGAAGAAAGUGAGAGAGGCCUACGACAACGACGUCGCCGCCAUGAACCAACAGACUCACCUGAUACCUGGGCUCAACCUGGGAGCCUUGGGCCUCUUCCCUUCCUCCUCCAACAUGCCUCCACCGCCAUCAGGGAACCAGGUCCCCGGGGCCCCUUACAGUUGUUUUGGGGCUCCAGAGCAGGAGACUGUGCACAUCUACAUCCCGGCACAGGCGGUCGGCGCCAUCAUCGGGAAGAAAGGACAGCACAUCAAACAACUGAGUCGCUUUGCGGGGGCAAACAUUAAGAUCGCCCCGGCUGAGACUCCGGACUCUAAAAUGAGGAUGGUCAUCGUGACAGGACCGCCUGAAGCUCAGUUUAAGGCGCAGGGACGAAUAUACGGCAAGCUGAAGGAAGAGAACUUCUUUGGGCCAAAGGAAGAAGUCAAGCUGGAAACCCACAUCAAGAUGGCGGCUGCCGCUGCAGGAAGGGUGAUUGGAAAAGGUGGCAAGACGGUGAACGAGCUGCAGAAUCUCACGGCAGCUGAGGUGGUCGUGCCAAGGGAGCAGACACCUGAUGAAAACGACCAAGUCAUCGUCAAGAUUAUUGGACAUUUCUACGCCAGUCAGUUGGCCCAAAGGAAGAUCCGAGACAUUCUGACUCAGGUAAAACCGCCGCAGAAGGGCGGGGGCGGCCCCUCCGCCCAAAGCCAGGUGUUCUCCGACAGGUGCAGCCCCACGCAGGGACUGACACAAGACCAGCUGCGCAGGAAGUGAGGGACCGUGCUCGCUCCUCGCGCACCGCCGGGCAGACGCUCGCCUGGUUGACGGACGGAUGGACGGACGGACGGAUGCGGAGACACAAAUUGAGAAGUUUAAAGAUUUGAAAGGAAGCGCGAGUCAAAGACUUUGGAUGAAAGGACUUUAGGACCAAGAAAGCCAACGACAAGAAGAGAGACUGAUUGAGGGAUGAAAGAAAGGAGGGAAAGGUGUCCUCCUGGUGUGCCUUGGUGGCCGUGCAGACCUUGUGAGCCCACCUGCUUGUCCUAGUCUUGGUGCUUGCAAAUCCUCUACUUGAGGUCCCUUACAGUCGGACGUUUUCUACGGUCCCUAAGAGAAUUUUAUUGUAUAGAAAUGUUUUUAUUGCAGUAGUAAGCAGUCAGGAGAGGGAGCAGGAAGGCUGGCGAGGAACAUAUUUCUUCCUCAGGUGAAGAUAUGUCUUUGAUCCUCACACCUUCAUUUUCAUGGUGGACUCCUUGAACAGAGGAAGACAGAACCAAUCAAAUAAUCGAGUCAAGCUGCUGCCAAAGAGCUCAAUUUGAGUCUCAUUGUCCCACUGAUGGGUUGUUACAGCUGUAAUGCUGGCAUGUAGUCCAUUCCAGACUUGUGUAGGUCUACAAUCGUGUCCUGAGAUCAGUUCUUUGGUCUUGCCCCUGGUGGGGAAGAGGCUUAGUCCUGAGAUCAGCCCUUUGGUCUUGCCUAUGGUGGGGAAAAGGCUUAGUUCUGAGAUCAGUUCUUUGGUCUUGCUCAUGGUGGGGAAAAGGCUUAGUCCUGAGAUCAGUUCUUUGGUCUUGCCCACGGUGGGGAAAAGGCUUAGUCCUGAGAUCAGCCCUUUGGUUUUGCUCAUGGUGGGGAAGAGGCUUGGUUCUGAGAUCAGUUCUUUGGCCUUCCUGCAGGCCAGUUGCACUCCCUUCAGGCUCUCUCAGCCUCUUUUGGGACUCUUGCAGACCAGCUGUGUCUCAAAGUCCCAGGGCAACAGUUGCUGGGAAUCAGUUUGGGAUUUUAAGACUCUGUGAGCAAUGUUUGAGGUGCUCCUUGUCCUUGGACCUCCAAAAAAGUAGGGUAAGAGCAGAGUCCAAGCAAAGCCUGCAUGCAUGUUGUACUGACACAGACUGGACACUAGAGGGCAGUAUACUCACAGCUGACUAGGAGUGAUUCAUGACUCUUUUCAUUCAUUCUCUGUGAAGCUGCCAGGCCGUGCAUCAUCUUUGAGGACAUGUCAAAUUCCUGGAGGGACUGAUUCAUGUCUGGAUCUCUAAAGGUUCUGUCUCUGUCUGCUCAAAUAAAUUCACCAUCAAAAUGAUGGACUGCUGAAAACUACACACUCAGCAGGGAUUCAAAGACUUAUUCUUCUUACUCGUUCUAUUGUAAACAGGAAAUGAAAUAUUCGAGCUGCUGUCUGUCACUGGCUGCAGAUGACACAUCUUUUUACACCAAAAACACCACAGCUCGCACUUGUACCAUUUCAGCAUAACCUCCAUUUACGAACCUAAUUGGUUUUUGGUCAUGGUUCGUAAAUAAAAAAAAAAAUACAUGAGAAGUUUGUAUAGUGAAGCAGAGUU